CACCGGCCUCAUGGCGCUGGAGCAGCCCCAGGCAGAGGGCCCCGCAGCCACCCCCGCACCGCCGCGACUCUGCGAGCCCGGCCCCGCCGGCAGCGGCACCGCUCUCUCCGCCCCCGGCAGCCCCAGCGAGGCGGUGCCCGCCGGCCCUGGAGGAGAGGAGGAGCCCGGCCCGGCCCCGGCGCUGCCCGGCGGUGAGGGGGAGCCCGGGCCCGGGGGCUCGGAGGAGGAGGAGGAGGAGGAAGGGGAGGCCGGCGGGCAGAACGGAGGCGCGGCCGAGGAGCCCGAGGCGGAGGCGAUCCCCGCCAGGCCCUCGCAGAACAUCGCGGUGCAGACCGACUUCAAGACAGCUGACACGGUGGUGAACACGGACCAGGACAUCGAGAAGAACCUGGACAAGAUGAUGUCUGAGAGGGCUCUGCUGAAGGAGAGGUACCAGGAGGUGCUGGACAAGCAGAGGCAGGUGGAGAACCAGCUCCAGGUGCAGCUGAAGCAGCUCCAGCAGCGCAGGGAGGAGGAGAUGAAGAACCACCAGGAGAUCCUCAAAGCCAUCCAGGACGUCACGAUCAAGAGAGAGGAGACAAAGAAGAAGAUGGAGAAAGAGAAGAAGGAGUUCCUGCAGAAGGAGCAGGACCUGAAAGCAGAGAUUGAGAAGCUCUGUGAGAAAGGCAGAAGGUUGCUGAAGGAGCAGGAGGAGAAGGAGAACAAGAUUGCAUCUCUGAUCGCUGAGCAGUCUGAUGAGAAGCAGCUCUGGGAGAUGGAGCUGGAUAAGCUGAAGAACCAACACAAUGAGAUCAACAGGAACAUCCUGGAGGAGACAGAGAGGGCCUGGAAAGCAGAGAUCCUCUCCCUGGAGAGCCGCAAGGAGCUGCUGGUGCUGAAGCUGGAGGAAGCAGAGAAGGAAGCAGAGCUGCACCUCACCUACCUCAAGUCUGCACCACCCACACUGGAGACCAUGAGGCCAAAGCAGGAGUGGGAGAUGAGGCUCAACAGGAUACGGAUGACCAAGGAGAACGUCCGAGAUCAGUUCAACGACCACAUUCAGAUGGUGAGGAACGGGACGAAGCUGAGCAGCCUCCCACAGAUCCCAACCCCAACACUGCCCCCUCCACCCUCAGAAACAGAUUUCAUGCUGACAGCCUUCCAGCCCAACCCCUCCCUCACUCCCAGGCUCCCCUUCCCCAUCGGCCCUGUCCCUGUCCCCAUGGUCAUGCCCAGUGCUGACCCCCGGGCCCUCUCCUUCCCCCUCCUCAAUCCCACCAUCUCCCGGCCUGCCCAGCCCUCCCCACCACUCCCGGCCUCCCAGGGGAGGAGCAGCCCGGGUGUAGCCUCUCUCCUCGGCUCCCACAUCCCCCCUGCUGCUUCCAUCCCUCCUCCACCCGGCCUGGGAGGAGGAGGAGGGGGAGGAGGAGGGGGAGGAGGUGGAGGAGGAGUCGCUCCCGAGUUCCAGAGGCUGCAGCCAGCGGAUAAACUGGAGAAGCUGCUGGAGAAGCUGCUGACUCGGUUUCCACAGUGCAACAAGGCCCAGCUCACCAACAUCCUGCAGCAGAUCAAGAACGCCCGGAGGACCAUGGCAGGGCUGACCAUGGAGGAGCUGAACCAGCUGGUGGCAGCCAAGCUGGCUGAGCAGCAGGAACGGGCAGGAGCACAGCCUCUCAGCCGGAUCCGGGCUCCCCUCUUCUCAGCUCCACUGCCUCAGAUCAGCACCCCCAUGUUCCUGCCCCCUGCCCAGGUGGCUUAUCACAGCACGGCUUCACACAGCCCUGCUGCCUGUAAGCUGUGUCUCAUGUGCCAGCAGCUGGUGCAGCCCAGUGACCUCCACCCCAUGGCCUGCUCCCACGUGCUGCACAAGGAGUGCAUCAAAUUCUGGGCACAGACCAACACGAAUGACACUUGUCCCUUUUGUCCAAGUCUCAAAUGACAGCUACUGGAACAAAGUGGUCCCACCCGAGGAGUUGCUGUGAAUAGACAGGAUCAGUUCUGAGAUUUCUACAGUUCUAUAUUUAUACGACCAUGUAUACACAUGUACAUUUUUAUUAUAUAGGCAAUGUGUGUAUAGAAAGUCUGUAUACAUACCAGUUCAUAAAUAAAGUGUGUAUAUUAUGC